CCCGAGUCUGACCGCAAAGUGGUAAGACAAAUCCAUCAUCAACAAUUCAGACUCGACCCUGGCAAGAGCACAAUGUCUUUUACCCUCCCGAUUCGGGGCAAGGGUGAAAAGAAGGCAGAUUCCUCACAAGGAUCAAGCCCUUCAGGAACACAUUAUGAAGUCGGCCCAGGAAAGGGAGAAGAGAUAAUAGAGGGGGUAUCAACAGAAACAAUCAUUUUCCCUUCUGCAGCGCACAACUUCUCUCGCACCCUCGCGGACAUUAAGCGGUCGACCCUCAGUAUAUCCAACCGUCUUCGAAGCGUUGCGCAGGACUCGAGCUUUGUGUGCGCCGUUGCGGAUGCUUAUGAAUUUGAGUAUACGACAACAGCGGAUAUGAGCAAUAGUCCACGACAAAAAAAGAAAAUGGUCUACCGCCUUCCGCUUGUUGCUAAUGAGCGCUGCGGGAGCUGGUAUAUUCCUCCAGAGCGCAAAGGCGGGAGUGCCUACUUUAAGAGCACGGACGGACAUAUGGGACAAUGGGGAUUCAGCUUACGGCGACUGAAUCUGCAGGUUUUGGAUAUAAUUGGGCAGUAUGACGGAUGCAUCAUUGUUGACUCUACGAGACGAGGAAAGAGAAUGCCGGAUGCCCUGUCCAAGACCGUGCCGAUAUGGUGUGCCGUGCUGAAUAGGGUCUUUUUCCCGAAUGUUCCCGCUGCACAUAUCCUGCAUACGCCGCCACAAGCAGUAUCUCCGUCCGAGCAUGCGCAGAUUGAAGCGCGACUGGAUUCUUGCGUACAGCAAUUAUUGGGUCUUCAUCUGGACAUUUCCUCACUCCGCAACAAGAUUCGUAAACCACUACGUCCAUUAUGGGUCACGCAGGAUUCCAGCCUUCCAAAUUUCCAAGAUACCCACGGGUCAUCCGACGACGACGAUGACGAUGACGACACGUUGCCCUCCUCAUCCUCUACAUCCCCACAACUCUCUUCCACUGGAACCGGCACAACUUCUACAGGAAACAGUGAACCCUUUCCCACAUUCCACCCCAUCGUCCUGUGUACUGCCUCGCGGCGCGUGCCCGGCGGCGAGGCGUCUGAAGGGGGCUACGUCCAAGGCGCAGGCGACGACAGCGAAGGAUGGGCCAAGGGUCUGACGGCGCAGCUAUACUGGGCGCAUCAAGCAGGAUUACUCGCGACGCCGGAAGAAGAUUUACCGGGACUCAUUGCGUCGUUGUUGGACGAGCAGCGCGACUCUUCCUCGAAGAAUGGCUGCGGCGAUGCCACAUUGGUAGAGCAGACUGUACGGUCAGAUGUAAACAUGUAUAUUGGCACGCUGGGCAGUGUGGGCGAACAGUGGGAUUACGUUAUUGCCUGUACAGAGGACGCUCCAGCUGUACAUGCUGACGAUAUCACGGCGUCAGUUCAGGCAGCGAAAGUGCCGCCACUAGCAGAAGAACCAGCGGGCAGAGACACGGAGAGGCUACGAACGAGGUUACGCAUUCCCUGCGGCAAAGGCAAGCUCGGCAGUCGCCAGCUCCGGCGCGUAUUGCCUGACAUAAGAGCCUUUGUCGAGAAGAAUAUUGUUUCUGCUCGCUGCGCUCGUUUUGAUGAUCCUCAUACUGCUCGUGUCCAAUCCGGUACUGCUUCUGCUGAUGGCGAAGGUGCUCCUGCAUCUGCUGAGAGCAGUUCUGCCAACAGUGCUGAUCCUACCGCGCAAGCACACAAUCAACCUCGACCUAUGCGACUACUCAUUGCGUGUCCCACGGCCAAGGACCUCUCCGUCGGCGUGGCUCUCAUGGUGCUGUGCCUGUUUUAUCGCGAGGACGGCUCAUUCCGCUUCCCGCUCCGCCCUUCUUCUUCUCCUCCUCCUCCUCCUCCUCCUCCUCCUCCUCCUCCUCCGUCUACAUCUGCAUCCGCAUCGACGUCCUCCUCACGGGUGACCAAACACUCUGACAUUGCAAAUGAAAAGCCAAACGAACAUACAAACGCAAACACUGAUGCUGACGCCAACCCUAACACAAAACAAGAAGGCGGAGUCGAAAGAGGAGAAGAAAAAGUAAACGUAAACGCUGACACCGACACAAAAAAAGAAGGGCGAAAAGAAGAAAGAGGAGUAGAAGGAAGAGAAGAAACAGAAACAGACAACGAGGACGAAGUGGUAAUAAACAAGACAUAUAUCCGCCAGCGCCUGAGCUGGAUCCUCACGAGCCGACCACACGCGAACCCGUCGCGGGCGACGCUGAAUAGUGUCAAUUCGUAUUUAUUCGGAUGAUUUCUUACCUGUCCAAGGUUUCUCCUGCUGCUGCUGCUGCUGCUGCUUCAUACUUGUCUGUAUAUUUCCCCU